GUUUCCCUUCCCGGACGGCUUUAUAAAAAGUCGCAGCAUCUUAAGAGUGAAAACACCGCAAUAUGGAAUAACGCUAAUUUUAAAUCAGGUGUGUCAUCGAAUUAUUUGGUUAAUCAUGUUAGUUAUGCAAAUGUUAAAAACAUUUCCGAAUUAAUAAUAGAUAAACGCUGGGAACAUUUGGAAAUUUACAAUACUCGCACAAUAAACUUUGAAUAUGGACGGAACAUGUCCUUUUCCGUUUUAAAAAAAGUACAAUCUAGAAAAAUUACUUUCUAUUUAGGUACAACUAAUAUUACAUUGAAUACUACUAACCUUUGGUAUCAUUUUACAAUGAACCUAUUGGAUAAAAAAAUUUAUCCAUUAGAUGGGAUGGGAUUUCCUAUACUACAUAAUAUUUCAAAUAAUGAAAAUGUUACUGUUUCUUUCAAAAAUGCUCGUUUUAAAAUACAUAACUACACAAUUUUAACAUUCAAUAAAAAUGGCACCCACACACUUCACAUCAGAGAUAACUUCACUACAAAUUAUAAGUGUGUUGAUUUUUUUAUUAAGUGCAAUCAAUGCAAAUUAAACGUCACCCUUACAAACAAUGGUACGACAGAAAAUACAGAGGAAUAUAAGGAUGACCCGAAAUGGCAAAAUGUGAUAAUAUGCAGCACAGAAUUGCUUAGACCAGGAAGCUUCAAUCUAACUCUCGAAACUCAAAUUUCCACAUAUGGGAAUUUACAAAUCAGCACACUAUUUUUAAGUCACGGACGAAAAAGAUUCGUUAAAAAAACGUCUCAGAAAAAAACUGGAAUGUGUUAUUAUGUAAAUGGAACUAAUUUUAAUGACAGUAAAUGUGAUGUGGACAUGGACAAGAUACUUCCAGAAAAUUGUCAGAAUAAAGUAUGUUAUGCUUGUUGUGGCUCCAUUUGCUAUGAAAUUAAUAAAUUUAGUUAUGAGUAUAUACUUUAUGGAAUAUUUACUUUUUUAAUUAUAUGUUGGAUUGCCGUCAGUAUAUGGUUUUGCAGAAAGAAAUUAGAGAAAGCAAAAAAGAAGGAAACGGAACAAUGCGAUUCGACAGAUAUUAUGGAAGAAAAUUCGAUUUAUGGAAUGUCUUUGAAUGAUAAAUUAUAAAAUUUAUAAUAAUAUGAAUUUUUUACAUUCGUUCAUUUAUUUUUAUAUAAUUACAACUAAUUAUCGCUAGAAUUAGUAAAUUCCCAUUGAAAAUUCAUUUAGUUUCGUAGUUGUAACAUUGUCUUAUUUCAAAACCAAUUAUACUUGUAAAUGACGAAAGUUUUAAGCUUCACGAGAAAACCAAAACAAUAACAGUAAUUAUUAAAACUUUAUUGAAUUAGUAUGACCACAAUAAACCGAAACUGUGUUAGAAAAUAAAAACUAAAUAUAUUAUUUCUACUAGGAAGGAAAUGUUUAUAUGAUACAAAGCAGUUACCACAAAACGAAUAAAAAAAGAAAAUUGACAGUUUAACUGUUUAACUCGUUAAUAAUGUUAUUGAGAUAUAUUUUAAUUUUAACACCUUUGUGAAAGAUGC